AUGGGAAAGUAUAGGAGCACCCCAUACAAUUUUAUCAAUGAUUCAAAAUUACAGAAUACCUUUCCUACAAAAACCACCUUUAAUGACUUUAAAUACAAAAACACAAGCAAAAGUGACGAACGAAAAUCCAGAUGUUAUAUCGACCCAAAUAUCGGAACUUUUGAAAUUAAAAGCAGCUAUCCCCAUAAGGUACUCAAGAGGAUUUGUGUCUCCAAUAUUUCUGAGAAAGAAACCGAAUGGAGAUUACAGAAUUAUAAUAAAUUUAAAGAACCUCAACAAUUACGUGAGCACUCCAAGAUUUCACCUCCCAAACUUAUAUUCAAUGCCAAAUCACCUGUGGGAGAAAGAUUACAUGCUGAAGAUAGACAUUUCUCAGGCAUAUUACCACAUCCCAGUCACUCAAGCACACCAACGGUACUUAACAUUCCAGCACAAUCAGUCAUUUUUCCAUAUGACAUGUCUUCCAUUCGGACUCGCAAGUGCCCCGUCAGCAUUUGCGAAGAUCACAAAUUGGUUAGCACAGUACCUAAGAGAGAACCAACUAAAAGUGAUCGUGUACUUAGACGAUUUUCUGCUGAUGCACGAAGAUCCAGAGAUCUUAUUCCAGCAAGGACGCUUCGCGGUAGAGCUUUUGGAAAGUCUCGGAUGGUGCGUGAACAAUUCCAAGUCUAUAACUACACCUACGCGCUGCGUCGAAUACUUGGGUAUAAUCUGGGAUACAGAGAGAAACUUGAAGUACUUGCCACCACAAAAAAUAAAAGCAUUUCAAACGCACAUCACGAAACUUCUCAAAGUGGGCCACUGAAACUGGUGGGACGCAAAAAGCAUAGCAGGGAAGCUAAAUUUUGCUGCAGAAGUAGUACCUUUAGGUCGCCUACACUGCAGAAAUAUCCAGAGAUCGUCAAAACACCUACCAAAGUCAAACCGUCGCAAAGUAGUAACUAUCGACCAAGCCGCCAGGGAAGACCUCACAUGGUGGACUCGAAAUGUACACAAAUCUUCUCCUAUUCACCGGAAACCAGCAUCAGCCUUCAUAACGACAGAUGCAGCAGACACAGGGUGGGGAGCUUUAAUGAACAGCAAGAAAUUGAAAGGAAGAUGGAACGACAAACAAAAAGCCUGGCACUACAACCAGAAGGAACUCUGGGUACUUUACGAAGUUCUCAAAAGAGAGAAAAAGUUCCUGAGAGGGAAAUCGAUUAUCUUCCAAUCCGACAACCGAACAACCAUAGCCUAUAUCAACAAACAGGGGGGGACGAAAUCAACUAUCCUAUUGAAGACAGCUUCGAAGAUACUAAACCUAGCUGCGCAACUGAAAAUCACUAUAACAGCCAGAUAUCUCCCAGGGAAAUUAAAUGGCAUUGCCGACAGCUUAUCAAGGCAAAAUGCUCUACCAGAAUGGCACUUAAGCGAAGCAAUUCUUGGCCAAAUCUUCCAGAAGCUUGGAACUCCACAAGUAGACCUGUUCGCUUCAAAACGUUCGGCAGUCGUAUCCAAUUAUGUAACCGAAGAUGUCUCGGACCGGAACAGCAUAUACACGGACGCCUUCAGUCGAACAUGGAAUUUCAAACUGGGGUGGGUCUUCCCACCGCCAGCACUAAUACCAAGAGUUCUUCGCCAUCUCAACAAGUGCACGGGGACUUACCUGCUUGUAACCCCGGAAUGGACAAAUGCAUUCUGGAUGCCGAUGUUGGAAAACAGAUCUACCAGCAAACCCCUCCGGCUGGAGAAUCUGCGGACUCACCUUGUAGACUUACGGACCCAAAAACCUCCACGGGGGAUAGACACAAUAGUUUUGCAGGUAUGGCACAUACAGGCUGGUCCAAUUUCGUUAACCCCUGGCCUACCGAACUCAAACACGUAGUGGAAAAGUCUUGGCGACAAUCUAGCAUCAAAACAUACCGACCAGCUUGGGAAAAGUGGGUCGCAUGGGCCUCAAAAGAAGAUGUCUCUGUAAAAGAACCAAAAGCAACAGACUUAGCACGUUAUCUCGGAUUCCUACAUACCAAGAUGAAGCUGGCGCCGAACACCAUAGCACUACAUAAAUCAGUAGUAUGCACUUUUACGAAUCCAGAUGCUACCGCAUCGAUCGGCUCGCACCCUCUGGUCAAACACAUGCUGAAAGGCAUCAGUUUGGAAGGGCGAAAACGUCCUAGUAGACUUACCUGGAACGUAAACGAAUUUACUGAGUGGUUAAAGUGCUACAAAUUAAAUGAGGAUAGCAUCUUUCAAGUCAGCAGACAUCUAGCUAUCCUGUUACUUCUAGCCACAGGUCGAAGAAUCCACGAUCUAACUUUAUUAAAUAUAAGCGAAGAGUUCCUUGAAAUAACAGAUAAAAGUAUUAAAUUAUGGCCUAAAUUUGGCUCAAAAACAGAUACCUGUACAUACAUACAAUCAGGUUGGGAAAUAACAAUGAACCCAGUCAAAAACUUAGACCUCGUUACCUGGACUAGACGCCUACAGGAAAUAUCAGAACCAAGACGAAGAAACAAAGGUAUUACAAAUUUGUUUAUAACAACCCGCGGUAAAGUCGCCCCAGCUUCAAGAUCAGUGAUAGCGGGAUGGAUACGCACACUGUUCAAAGAAGCCAACAUAAAUGCCUCUCCAGGUAGCUGCAGAUCAGCCGUUGCUACCGGUAAUUGGUUUCGCGGGUAUACAAACAUAGAAGAAAUUAUGAAAAAGGGUAAUUGGCAAACUGCAAAAACAUUCUUCAAUCAUUAUCUCAAACCAAUCAACCCUAAAGUCCCAAAUACAAUCAGUAAUAACCUUUCAGAUAAUUUUGCGUUAAUCGACUGA